GGUGAGAGGCAUGGUACAGCGGCAGAGCGCAUGCUCGCUGCACAGAAUCCACUGUUCCCGUCCGAUAAACCGAAUCAGAUCUUUUCGGAUGGUAAAUUGCCAGUUGCUCCAACGCUGCAUCCACCAGUUCCACCGCCACCGGGACCACCACUUCCACCACCAAUGUUGCCGCCACGAAUGGCCGGACCACCACCAGCAAUCUUCCCACCACCACCGCCUCCGAUGCCAACGCCGGGUGCAACACCAAUCCCACCCCCGCCACCUCCACCCGCACCGCCGACACCUCUCACAACACCGCGACCGCCACCGCCAAUCAGUGUUUAUGAAUGUUGUGCUCGAAUCUAAGAUUUCUUCGCUUCAAAUUUGCUAA